GGUAGAAUUCCACUCGCGACAACCCCUCAUACAUAAUCUUCCCCAACAAAAGAGAUUAGGAAGAUAUUGCAAAGAUGGCACAAGUUCCUGUGCAGACGAUUCAUAGGGAUCCCCAGUUAUUCUACUGGAUCUUGAUACCUAUUACUAUUGUUAUGAUUUUGACUGGUAUCCUUCGUCACUAUGCUACCGUUCUUAUGGCCACUACUCCCAAAAAGCAGGAGCUUCCAGCUAUUCGCGAACAACGAUCCUUACUUCGAGGUAUCAACCUUCGUAACAAUGCUCAUGUUCUUACUCCCGCCUCUUUCCAACCACGCAGAGAUUAUAUCGUACAAGCAUUCGAAGAAGGAAAGUUCUUGAAGGAACCAGAGAAGAAGGGACAAGCAGCUCCAAAUCCAAUGACCGAUCCAGCCGCUAUGGAGGGAAUGAUGGGCAUGAUGAAGGGAAAUAUGUCUAUGAUGAUCCCACAGACGUUGAUUAUGGGAUGGAUCAAUGCAUUUUUCAGUGGAUUUGUUAUUAUCAAAUUGCCAUUUCCAUUGACAAUUAAGUUCAAGAGUAUGUUGCAAGCUGGAGUAGCCACCAGAGAUAUGGACCCACAAUGGAUGUCUUCCAUUUCGUGGUAUGUUCUUUGUAUCUUUGGAUUGCAAUCUGUAUUCAACUAUCUAUUGGGAAGCGAUAAUGCUGCAAGUCAAAUGGCCCAACAAAUGGGUCAAAUGGGUCCAGGAGCAGGUGCACAAAUGUUUGGACCGGGUGUAGACCCCGACAAGCAAUUCCAAGGUGAGGCUGAGAACUUGUCUGUCUUAGCCCACAAGAGUACAUUGGAAGGUGUAGAACAGAGAUUACUGGAAAGCGUGAGGGUGUAAAUCAGAUAGUUGGACUAGAAUCUUUGAUUAGCAGAAGCGUUUCCUGUUGAAGUCAACGGUCCCCAAUAGUGCAUAGAGCCUGUAGAAGAGACUCUAUAACUCAUGUCAAGAUAUUCACGCCUACUGGGGACAGGAGGUAUGAAAAACGGGCUUUUGUUAAUCCCCUUCAUGCUACUUCAUGUUACUAAUAAGUGGUUAAUUAUAUAAAUCUAUCUUCAACAUCCA